GAGGAGGACUCUAAGCAAACCAAAUAGGAACAUGGAUUCUUUCUGGUAGCCAGUAUGGGGGUGCCAUAGCAGAUGUCAGUCAAUUUCUGGGAUUCAUCAUGAUCAAUUAUUUGCUAACAGCAGCUGUACUAAGCCUCAUGGAUACAGGAAACAAAAGAAGUUGUAUCGUGGUGGAAGCAAUGAAUCUAUUAUCAGAAAUGCAUGUGAUAAUUACAGGAUUCCAGAGCUUCAGAAGGGUAGUCAGGAAGUUGCCAAGGGUUUGUGGAUUAAUGAUUGGCUGGUUGUAUUAAAGAUUCCAGAACUUUAAUUACUUGAGUUAUUAAUUAAAUGGUUAGAGCUCUAAGACAUGGAAAUUAGUGAGAAAACACGUCUGUGUUUCAUAUUGAAUAAUUAAGAGAGAGGAAAACAGCAGGAAAUCAUAAUGCUGACUAGUACCAAAAUUGUUAGUUGAUUUCUAGCAUGAGAUAAUAAUGGUUGGACCAUAGCUGAUUUUUAGCAAGAGAUGAAUGUCAUGUCAGACAUAAGUGAAAAAGACCUCCAAGUGAGCUCCAGCUGCCAUAAAACCAUGAAUGUGUCAGUAUUAGAGGCCAUCAGCCUUAGACCAUUCAGCCCAUUAAACUCAUCUGGUAAUCUGGUUUCCUAACCCCCAGCAGAUGAAAGCAACAAUUUAAUUGGCAAGAACAUAUGUUCUAUUAAAGAAUAUAGAAAGAUUAUUAAUAUUUUAAUAAAGAUUUUUGUAAAAAAAUGUUCUGGUUUUUUCAGAAGGACUAAAUUCUGCUGGCUAGACGAAACAUUAAAGAAUUAUAAAACAAAUACUAUUAAGUUUAACUCUGAUAAUGCUUUAGUGUAACUGGGUCUUGCUUGAUGAUGUCUUUUUGGAAGUAGGAAGAAAAUAAAGCUGAGGUUGGGGUAGUUGCCCUUCAUCUGCUGAGAGUCUGAGGGAGAAGGGACUUUGGAGGGUAGAGGUAGGGAGAGGAGAGGACUGUGUUACUGUGAUACUGUCAUUGAAACUAGAAGGCACACACGGAAGCUUUUUCAAGGAUUCAGCUGUUGGGCAUGAAUCCUUUGCCCAGCACCAUUGUUGAAGAUGAUUGUGGGGUUUAUCACCACCAAUGUGACCAUAGGCUGGUGGAGGAGACCUUCACCAUAGAUGAAGUCUCUGAAGUUCUCAAUGGAUUGCAAGCUGUGGUUCAUAGCGAGGUGGAAUCUGAGCUCAUCAACACUGCCUAUACCAAUGUGUUACUUCUGCGACAGCUGUUUGCACAAGCUGAGAAGUGGUAUCUUAAGCUACAGACAGACAUCUCUGAACUUGAAAACCGAGAAUUAUUAGAACAAGUUGCAGAAUUUGAAAAAGCAGAGAUUACGUCUUCAAACAAAAAGCCCAUCUUAGAUAUCACAAAGCCAAAACUUGCUCCACUUAAUGAAGGUGGAACAGCAGAACUCCUAAACAAGGAAAUUUUAAGACUUCAAGAAGAGAAUGAGAAAUUGAAGUCAAGGUUGAAGACCAUUGAAAUACAGGCUACAAGUGCACUGGAUGAAAAGUCAAAACUAGAAAAAACACUGCAAGAUUUACAGCUUGAUCAAGGAAAUCAAAAGGAUUUUAUAAAGGCCCAAGACUUGAGUAACUUGGAAAACACUGUCGCUGCUUUAAAGAGUGAGUUUCAGAAGACACUUAAUGACAAGACAGAAAACCAGAAGUCACUGGAGGAGAAUCUGGCAACAGCCAAGCACGACCUACUCAGGGUUCAAGAGCAGCUGCACAUGGCUGAAAAGGAAUUGGAAAAGAAAUUUCAGCAAACAGCAGCUUAUCGAAACAUGAAAGAGAUUCUUACCAAGAAGAAUGACCAAAUCAAAGAUCUGAGGAAAAGACUGGCACAAUAUGAACCUGAAGAUUAAAACUGAAGAUUUCAUCUGGAAGCUGCCACACACAAACAUACAAGCAGUCUCACCUCAGGCAUGUAUUUUGAAGCAUUUUGUCAUAUCCCCUCUCCUUAUUUUUCUAAUAUUUAGACUUCUAAUAUUUAGAACUAGAGCUCCUAUUUUCAGCUAAUUGAAAACAGAGAAAACCUAGUGAUUCUGUCUGGUUAUCCCACAUGCCUCUCUACUGAGUGCUCCAGAGUCUUAGCUCGCAUGCACCGAGAAUUCUUUACAGCAAAGAAGAGAUUUUUAGAGUGGGAAGAAAGAGGCUUAUCCUUCUGCAUUAAGAGUCUACCUUUUUAAUAAAUGUUAAAGAAGCUAACAGUGUUUGUACUUAUGCAUUCCCCAUGGGUAAAAAUAAAUAAUAGCAUUAUUAAAGAUAGUUAUUACCAAAAAAAAGAUAGUUAUUACAAAUAAAUAUGUCUCUUUAUUUUUAAAAAUGAAAUCUUAAUUCAUUUACUGUAUCUGAUGAUAAACUAUGAAUUCAUUGAAAAUGUGAAUUCUAUCUAUUAUGGGUAGCGUUUACCAAUUAUAAGGAAAAUUUACAGCAGUGAACAUGAACAUUCAGUUAACUUCCUCAGUCUCUCCAUCUUAAAGACCAUUUAUCAGAGGAGAUUCAGCGUUUUUUGCAGCAUAACAUUUCGUGAGUCUGUAUUACUAAUGGAUAAGUCAAGUCCAUCCUGCACUUCUACAGUUCAGAAAGUAUCUGGACUCAGAAUAAAUGUAAUAUUUAUACUUGUUUCCAGAAUGUUAUUUUACAUUUUAUGUUAAAAAAGAACACUUUUUAAAAGACAUAGUCAACAUAAAAUCACCUGUCAGACUUCAGAUUGGACUUUAUUUAUGUGGAUCUAUAAUAAUUAAUUGUGUUUUCAAGAGGUUUUACUGUAUUUGUAUUGGCCUGGUUUUCUCAGACGAUUUUGGACAAAUCAUUAGAAACUGGGCAUCAUAUCCACAGUUGUGUAAGGCAGUGACAUACUGUAAGGAGAAACAAAGUCAAGUCCAUAAAGCAAUAAUCCCUCAGAAGGAAAGUCCUUACUUUUCACAUAUUAAUAUUUAGUAAUUUUUCCUGCUUCUAAAAGUAAGAGUAUCACACCCUAAAUGAACACUGUCUACUAAGAGACAUCAUUCCACUUCCACAAAUGAAGAUUUUAUUCCAAGAAACGAGUUUACUGAUUGGAGCAUAGCGCUUGUUAUUAUUUUUAUUCAGGCUUUUAGUAAUACCCUUGAAUUUAUUAUUUUUCUUAUAGGCUUUUUGUUAAAAUAGUGAAGAAACAAAUGUUAAAGGGUAAGAUAAUUUCCCUGCAAAAGGACACAGAAGGCAGUCUUAAGAAGAUGAAUGGAUCAGAGAAGGGAGAGAAGAAAAUGCAAUAACAAGCCAGCAUUUACUAUGUAUUUUCUCCUCACCUCUCUCUCCAUGUUUAGGUCAUUUACCAGUGUCUGUGCCCUUUUGGAGCUUUUGUUGAGGGCUUCAUUCUCACCCUGUAUUUCUUUAGCCCUAAAUUGACACUCUCUCCAAAAAUCCAUUCCGUUGUCUGUGGACCAAGAUGUUCUAUAUAAUUCAGAAGCAGAACUCUUGGCUAAAGGGCUAGUGUGUCCUUCAGAAACCAUUCAGUUACUUUCUCCCUACACCUUUGUCAGUUUGAUACCAGUGAGGAAAAAAGAUAUGUUGAUAAGAAAUCUAUAUUGCUAGGUAAAAUUUGUACUCGUUUUCUUGAUAGCAAUUUUGAAAUAUUCUGUACAGUAUGUUCCUAUCGUUUAAUAAUAAAUUCAAAAAUAUUUUUAAAACCUUAAAACCUAACUAUGCCAAGCAUUAAGAUAAACAAAUAUGAUGUUCUUUGAUGUAAAUCAACAUGAUGAUUCUUCCACAUGCAAACACAUUUUAGUGUUUCUGGUUUGUCAUUUUUGUUGUUGUUAUUGUUGUUAUUUACUCUAUACCCUUAGCAAAAUUACAGUUUUAAAUUUUUAUUGUUUUUAAUAGUUUUCCAACUUUAAGAUUUAUCCCAUUUAACUGAGAAAGAAAGCCUUUUUCAUAUAUAUAUAUAUAUAUAUAUAUAUAUGGAAUUUCUAAGGAUGUUGGUUUGAGCCUUGAUUAGACUUUUAAUGUGCUAAGCCAGACAGGCAGUCUGUACAUUGGUGGCCAUCACAAUGCAGCUUUGGUUUAAUAUAAUUCAGGCCUGCUGCUGAGUUAUGCACAGACUUUUUGUUGACCAAAAUAAAAUGUAAAGGGUUUUCUUCUGUUUGACAUUUUAGUGUUCAUUUUUUCUCUUUUAUGUAUUACAUUUUUAACCUAUAUUAAAUAAAUGUUUAAAUGAUCAUUUGCUUAUGUCUUAUAAAACUCAGCAUAAGAAAAAUACUGCCCUACCUUGACUGUGUAAUCUUAUUUGCUAAAGCCUUUGCUGUUAAUUAUUUCCAUUCUGAUUAACUGAAAGAGAUUUAUAGAGAUGCUUAAAUUUUAAGCCCUUGGUGCUUUUAGAUAUAUACUGGUUGCAAAAAUUUGGCAUUAAUGAUUUCCCUCUGCUUAUGUGUAAAUGCCUGUGUUCCAAAGCUUUGCCACUAGAUAUUCAAAACGUAAAUGGUCAUGUAAGCCAGUCUUCCAGAAAGCAAAGCUAUUUCAGCAAAAUGAUAUUUCACAUUUAGACAAAACAGUAGUAUUUAGACAAGAAUAUUUUGACCAAACCAUUUUCAAAACUGCUUAGGAAAAAGGGGAAAUAUUAUACUUAAAGGUAAUAACCUCUGUCUUGAAGAGAAUAGAGGUGAGUGGGUUGGUGACAACUGAUUUGGAGGCUUUUGUAGGGGGCUGUGGUGUCUUUUGCAUUGUGUCAUCAGCUCCUCCAUCAAGUAAGCGUGUCGCUGUCAUUGCUUAUUGUAGAACAUGAAUUGAUGAAGAGUAGUCAAUCUCUUACAUUAUAUGAAGUAUAACUUCCUCUCUUUUUUACCUAUAAUACAUCCUUUAACUUUUACAGAUUGAAAAACCACUGUUAGACAAA